UCUCUCUCUCACACACACACACACACACACACACACACACACACACACUCACACAGACAAACUCUCUCUCACACACACACACACACACACACACACACACACACACACACACACACACACACACAGUCACUAUUCCAGCCGAACACAGCAGUUUGAUUUGGCCCAAAGCAGCCGAAUGACUCAGUGUGACGAAGAGUGAGCAACACGAAAGCAGGACACUGUCUGUGAAACACAGCGAGACACACAGCGAGCGUGAGAUGGAGGAAGCAUACACCGCUUUGUAUCAGGAGUUCCUCCGUCUGCAGAUAAUCUGUCUAAAACAGGCUGAAAUGUUACAACAUCUCACUGAAGCAUUGAGGAGACAACAAGGUGUGGCUCCUGUCUUUAAUAGGAAUUUUGAAGAUCUGUACCCAGGGCAGCCGGUUCAGGGCAGACGUGUUGGAUUGGAGAUGUUCAACCACACAGACUACCGAGCACAACAAGCUCACUUACACAAACAAAUGGCUAACACACACAACCCUGCAGCUCACACACACACCCCUGAAGUUCACACACACACUCCUGCAGCUCACACACACACCCCUGCAGCUCACACACACACCUUUGCAGCUCACACACACACCCCUGCAGCUCACACACACAUCCCUGAAGUACACACACACACUCCUGCAGCUCACACACACACCUCUGCAGCUCACACACACACCUCUUCUUUACCCCCUGCAGAUAUUACAGGUGAUCCUGUGGUUUCUCCGCUUGCUGGAGCUUUAAACAGGCUGCACCUGGAGCCUGCGCAGGAAAAGGAGGAGGAGGAUGGGGCAGCGUCGGCAUCGGGAUGGUGUGAGACGAAGGAGCGCAGUAUUUGGGAUGAGUUACGACAGGUGGAGCAGCACUGGCACAGCAGCCAAAGACCUAAACAACAACAACAACAACAACACCAACAUCAAAGGCGUCUGUGGUCGUCAUCGUUCCUGACCAGUGAGAUGCUGAGCGAGAUGGGCGGGAUGCUGAUGUCCCGCGUCACACUACACUCGCAGGUGUGUGAGUUCUGCCACGCCGUGUUCCCUGGACACACCACCACCAGAGGAGAGUUCCUCCGCCAUCUCACCACACACAUAUCCUGACACUUUCCACUCGUCUGAGACAGAUGAUACCGUUACCUUUAAACACUGGGUGGUUUUGAGGUAAAGGUCUUUAAGCUGCUUGAGAUGUUUAAAUCAUUUUAUUACAAGCAUUGUGUUUAUUAAAAGAAGAAAAUGAUCUAAUUAAUCAAUUGUAAAAUGCUAAUUACACCAACACAUUGAGUAUAUGUUCAUUUACUGUAUCAUGUGUAUAAAUGAUAUUUUUCUGUACAUACUAUAUACUGAGCUUAUGUAGUGCAUUAAACCAACAGUGACACUUCAGUCCGUAUAUCACGCUGUCCUUACUGCUAUGUAACUAAAUAUAAAUGUUUCACUCACACAA